CAGAGUAGGGCUGCGGUUCUGCUGUCUGUUUUGAGACACACACACCGGUGAGGAAGUGUGCUCGUGCAUGUGUGUGUGUGCGCGUUUGUGUGUGUGUGGAUGUGUGUGUGAGCCAUGGAGCAGAUUAAUAACAUUCAGGUGGUUCCGUGCAUCAGCUCGAAUUAUCUGAAACCGUUCACGGUGCAUUAUAGCCAGAAUGGAACAAAGAAGUCGUGGGAUUUUAUGCGGACCCAUGACAGUGUCUCUGUGCUGAUCUUCAAUACCACCUCUCAUUGCUUCAUCCUGGUCAAGCAGUUCCGUCCAGCUGUGUACAUGUGUGAGUGGGAGAAAAUGAAACCUGCACACACUGACCCAGAAGGAGAGCAGGGAGGUGAGGAGCGUACCACGGCUGCCCCAGAGGAGGGGCAGGAGGGAAGCGAGGAGACCAGCCGCCCUCACCAGCCCCCGGCUUCAGCAGGAGUGACGUAUGAGCUGUGCGCUGGCAUCGUAGACAAACCGCAUCUCUCCCUGGAGGAGAUCGCCUGCCAGGAAGUGCUGGAGGAGUGUGGUUAUGAAGUUCCUGUCUCCAAGCUAAGGAGGAUCACGUCAUACAGGUCAGGAGUAGGAGUUACUGGAGCCAAGCAGACCAUGUUCUACGCGGAGGUUUCAGAAGAGAACCGCGUUGGCGAAGGUGGUGGACAACCUCAAGAGGGCGAGCUGAUCGAGGUGGUCAAAGUGCCCCUGCACGAGGCCAUGACUUUCGCCUAUGAUGAGAGCAUCCCCAAAACCAUGGGCGUCAUUUUCAGCUUCAUGUGGUUUCAUAGCAACAUGGCACCCAAGUAUAAAAUUUCCACUAAUGUGUAACGGAUGACAGCUACCGUUUCUUCCAAUAUUCUGAAGCGCCCUGUAUGUAACUUUGUAUUCCUUUGUGUUCCUAAUGAAUUGAAUACUGUGUUCUUAUUUGCUUUCCUCUUUCCUUACUCUAAUUAUUGUCCUAUUUCAGACUUUGCCUCAAACUAAUAUUAGCCAUAAUUCCUCCUUGGUAUUAGAUGAGUCUCAGAACACAAUAAUAGUAAUUGUGAGUUUGUUUCAUCAAAUGGUAUCCUUUGCUUUAAUGAGCUUGUUUGUUUUUUUGUAAAUUUAUUAAUUUAUUUUUUUUUUUUUUUUUAUCUGAUUGCUCUUAUCAUGGCAAGUAAAACUAGGCGUGUUUGAAGAUGAGGUUAGAAGAGGAAGUCGUUCAUAUCGUCUUUUGGGAAUUAAAAGUUCGGGGAAGAACGAUGAGCAAAUCCAGGUUUAUCAGAAAAGACAGAUAUUUGUUAGUAUUGUGCUACCUGGCCUAACUAAUGCGCAGCUACCAACCUUGUCUCUUUAUUGUGCAAAGAAUAGCCAAGCACUUGCAGACAUCUCAGGUCUAACACAAACUACGAAGCAUUCAGGGUUCGAGGCAAUGCUCUUUUUUUCGAUACUUAACAUCAAACAGACAUGUCUUUUCAAGAGUCUCCGUUUCGAAUCGAAUACGAAAUUCUUCAUUGGGGAUCUGCUACUGUUAACGCAAGCACAAGACAAAAUCAGUGUCAAACAAUCCCAUUUUUCACAUUACAGAAAUCAUUGCUGGAGCUCCUUAAUAAUUGUAAUAAAAUAAAAUCAUAUAAUAGAGGAAGUAAUCAAGUAUGAUUACAUUUAUAGCAUAAUAUCCUCUGCGUUGUUUUUCUAGAGUUAGAAAGCUACCCUGGUGUAAUUCUUAUACACUGGAACUGAAUGAGAUCACCUGGGGAACACUUUCUAUCUAACAUACAGUAUAAAUAUAAACUAUCUGAUCUUAAUAAGUAAUAAUGAUGUAUUCUGGGCACAGUAUACAAUUUGCAAUGCAUUAUAUAACCGUCUCUUCAGUCAUGACACCUAACAAUUGUAACUGUCUUUACCAGUUAAUACUUGAAGGCCAUACGUAGUGUUUACAUGCUGUACAUGAGGCUCUCUUUCAGUCUUGUUAGGUAUUUUAAUGUUUAUAUUGUUAUUGCCUCACCUGUGAUGAUAUUUAUACUACGCUAUGCCUAUUUGGUAUGUUUUCCAGGACGAAAAAGGUCAUAAGCCAUUUGACACUACAGACGUCAAUUUGACUGUUUUCAGCUAUUUUCGAUUUUUUAAGUUAGAAAACAAUAAUGGAUGAAAUGACGAUUAUAGCUUCAUUCUACUGACGUGUGAAUUGUUUCGUCGUAUCUAAACGGUCAGUGUUUUGUUGUUUAUGUGGCAACAAAUCCAUGUAAGCCAUUGACCAUGACUCUAAUUUUAAAAAAAGUACAUUCCUUUACUUAAAGUUAUGCUCUGUAAGAUUUUGUUAAGGUUUUGUAUAUUUUAAAAAAAAAAUACAUUUUUAUCAGUAAUUUUGCUCAUUGGUUGAAUUUGUCUUUGCAAUAAAAAGAAUUUGAAUGAACAUAAAAUCGCAUAAUGUAAGAACGCAUAGUGUACCUUUAAUGAAGCUUCUGGAUGGUAUUAUUUAUGACCGCAUCAUCGUUUUAGCUUUAGUACCUAAAUAUUAUACGCUCAAAAAAACACCAAGUGCAUGUGGAUGAAAAGCUCAAGUUCUGGAAAGCAUAGUGAUAUCUCUUUCAGCUUCUGAUCCUAUCCUGGUUUUACGUGAUUGUUGAUCGUUUCCUACUUGAGAAAAAUCAAUUCAAAUCCUACUAAUAUUGGUAAAGCAGUGGUUCUUUCUACUUGAUUUUAAUGUUAAUGUCAUCAAGAAGAAGCGCGUACAUGAAAAUUGUAUUCGGUUCUUUACUUUUUGGCUAGUAAAUGUAUUCUAUGCAUUUGAAUUAUAUAUUGUAUUGUGAGGUCAUGCAUUUGCUUCAUGUGUAUAUUAAUCUGGAUUGAGUGUACAUAAAUAAAGGUGAAUAAGACUA